UCCAUAGAAUCCAAUCUCCUCUCAUCUUUCGCCUCCUGUUCUUGUUUUUCUACCCCCCUUUAGACUGUACAUCUUUCUUUAUCUAAUAUGAUUUGUAAAUCGCCCCUCAUGCCCUCUAACGAAGCCUUCACCGCCAUCCCCCGCACCGUCCGCGUUCUUAUCGUCGGCGGAUCGUAUGGGGGAUUGAGUUCAGCCCUUGCUCUUCUCGACCUUUGCGGUGGCCGUCUGGCUCGUUUCAACUUUAAUGCCGACUCUCAGCCCCCUGAGAGCCAGAUUCCUGUCGAAAUCACUGUGGUGGACGAAAGGGAUGGCUUCUAUCACCUGAUUGGAUCUCCUAAAGCCCUGGCUUGUGAUCAAUUUGCCUCGAAGACCUGGAUCCGAUUCCAAGAUAUUCCCGCGCUGCAGUCGCCAAACGUUCGCUUCCUCAGAGGUACCGUUAACGCGGUUAACUGUGAGGAGAAGUCGGCGCAAAUUCUUGACCUCGACACGAAGGAACCUCGCGAGGAGCGCUAUGACUUCUUGAUUGCUAGCUCUGGUCUUCGUCGCGUGUUUCCUACGGUCCCUCAAUCGUUGCUCAGACAUCAGUUCCUUGAGGAGGCGAAGCGCCACAAGGAGGAUAUCCAGAAGGCGCAUGAUGGUGUGACGAUUAUUGGAGGAGGCGCUGUUGGUGUUGAGAUGGCUGCAGAGCUCAAGGUCCUGGACCCCAAGCAGAAAGUGACUCUGAUUCAUUCGCGGGAGCGCUUGCUCUCUGCGGAGCCUCUGCCCGACGACUUCAAGGAGCGUGUGGCUUCCGUCCUCCGCGAAACCGGUGUUGAAGUCGUCUUGGGCCGCCGAGUGAUUGAAACCACUGCCGUCGAGACGGAGGGAGAGAAGCGGACAUGGCAACUCACGUUGUCGAACGGCAUGCAGCUCAAGACCGGCCAUGUCAUGAACGCUGUUUCGAAAUGCAUCCCUACCUCGUCCUAUCUGCCGAAGGAGACCCUGACGCAGGAUGGUUACGUGGAUAUCCAGCCAACCCUGCAAUUCCCGGAACGCGCUCCCAACUCCGAAAGCCACUUUGCCAUCGGUGAUAUCGCUUUGUGGGCCGGUAUCAAGCGCUGUGGCGGUGCCAUGCACAUGGGUCACUAUGCGGCCACCAACAUCCACCAGAUCAUGCUGUCCCAGCGUACGGGUGUCAAGCCUGAAUUCAUGACCCUGCAGCAGACGCCGCCCGUGAUUGGACUUGCUCUUGGCCACACGGCCGUCACCUACACCCCUGCUGAGGGGACUCGACACGGCGAGGAAUUGAUGGCCUCUAUGUUUGGUGAGGAUAUGGGUCAUACUAUUUGCUGGAACUACAUGAAGCUGUCGGAGCCGUGCCAAUGUUAAACAACAUCAGCGUCGACUAAUCGAGAGGGCAUUGCUGCUAUCUGAAAUCGAGGAAGCAGGUGCCGACCGCGAGACGCGAUCUGAUUUUAUAAUUCUCUUUCUUGUGUCCUUGUUGAGGAUAUCAUUGUGUUUUGGAAAUUGAUGCUUCAGGAAAAGCAUCCAUUUGAAGCAGGUCUUGCAUACAAGCAUAUUUUGUUAUUUGUUGGGUCAUUCUUGGGUUACUGGAGUUAUGUGGUCAUUUGAGCUUGGGUGGUAGUGUCUUAUAUUAGC